CGUAGAUGUGCAGACGGUCUGUUAGUGGGUGUCCCUACUCGUAAAGGGUCUCUCUUCACUGUGUGUGUGUGGCCCAUCCAUUCCCGGUCCUGUGCUCAUCCUGGGGACACAGCUUAUAUUGUCCCUCCCCCUCUUGAAUCUUUCCCGCUUACUCUUUUUACAUGGCUUUUAAAAAUAGUGUCUGUUGGGUUUUUCUCCCCAGUAACAAGUGAUGUGUACUAAUCAUAGAAAACAAAAAUACUUAAAAACCCAAGAUCCACCACGCAGAAUUAACCACGGUUAGCACAUGAAGAUCACGAUAACGCUCCCACCGCUAUGUACAGUCACCGUGUCCAAAGACUCAGGAGGCUCCUGGGUGCUCUGCGGGGUUCAGGAGUGCCGAGAACCCUAGAAGCAGCCGUGGGUAGAGACAAAACCCAGAACCUACAGCGGAGACCAGAGCCCGGUUUCCUGGGACUUCAGUGAGAAGUCCAGAAGGGGUUGCAGGUGGGGGUAAUCGAAGUGGGAUCUGGAUGGAACAGGUCCCUGGUUAGGGUCAAAGCUUCCUCUGGAAAACGUGGAUGCUAAACCCUGCCUUCCCCCACUGUGGCCCACUGUUUUGAUUCGCUCCACCAUCUGUUUUGAAAGCAGAUGGGAACCUGGCUUUGCUGAAAGGGUUUCUGCCCCAGGGCCUGUGCCCACCUCUCUACCCCUAAGGCUUUCCUCUCCCACCAGCCAAGAAGAAACACUGGCAGCCUCCCCCACAAACUCACACAGUCCAGGAGGUGAAGGCAGAGGCUAGUCCGAACGUGGGCCGCAGCAGGGUAUUGCUCUGUUCCCCCAGGAGAGAACACGGGGAAUGUCCCGCAGAGCCCCCCACUGCACAGGGCCAGGCGGCCAGGAGAAGACGAGCUUGUCCCUAGUGCCCAGGACAGACCUAACCUGAGAAAAUAACAAAAAUGAGAUCUUCUGUUUUUCUGAACAUUAGCUCCGUGCUAGGGAGUUCCCUGAGAGGUUUGGCAAACAAGCGGCUGUUUCCAAACAAGGCCUGUCUGCGUUCAAAGCUCAGGCUGGUGGUCUCACCACCUGGCAUCCUGUGGUCACAGCCUCUUACAGCCUGUCUCCCUCAGCCUUGGCCAGAUGGGAGCCCAGGACAGAGGAGAGAGAGGCCUGGAGGCUCUGAGAGAGAGAGGCCAAUGGCCAAAUGUGUCUGAAGCCCCGAGCCUAGGCAGGGUUGGCACGCACGCACCCUGCUGACCGUAGCCAGCCGGCAAGGGCGGGUGUCAGGUCCUGCAGCCCGGAGCCGCAGGCUCCCUCGGCCCUGUCCCACGUCAGGAGGAGUCCAAGGCCCCAGGAGCUCCUGAGAACACCACGUAGUAGAGGAACAGGAAAACCUUGCCUGAAGACAGCCCGGAAUCUACUGCCCUGUCUGUGGUGAAUGCUGGGUGCUGAUGGAGGGGGGCGGACAGUGGACAGGGCAUCUCGAAGGCUCUCAGGAUUGUUCUAUCUGGGGCAGGAGCCCAGUUUCUACCAGCAGGGGAGCUCUCUGCGUGUGGGGGGUAUUUCGUGGGGGACAUGGACUUUGGACCAUCGGGAAUUGGGGAUGGCAGGGCACAAACAGGCUUAUGCCACAAGGCCAUGAGCACGUGGUCAAGGUAUUGGCUGGAAUCCCCACCUCCCUCUCCGGGGACAACAUCCUGUUAGCUCCACAUUCCCUGCUGCCAGAGCUGGUGGGGGCAGGGAGGCAGCCACCCAAUCUGUACAUGGGGGGGCGGGGGUGUACAGGGUGGCCUGCAUGACCCUGAGAGCUAUGGGUUGCCAGGACCAGCUCCGGCCUUCAGGCAAGCAAACGUCUGAGCCCUCGGCGCUGUGGACACUCUUCCCCACCUCACCCCAGCUGGGCCUUCCUCCCACUUUAGGUUCUCCCUGGGCCUCCGUCUCACCCCUGCUGAGCCCUGCUCUCCUCCUGUGCCAGGGGCAGCCCAGACCCUUCAGAGAUCUUGCAGCCAGACUUGGGGGCCACCAGGGAGGCCAUGGUUUCCUGCUUCCCAGCCUUCUCCCCCACCGUGUCUGCCUUCCUGGCGCCGAUCCUGGGUAUGGAGUUCGUCCUGGGCCUGGUGGGGAACAGCUUGGCGCUCUUCAUCUUCUGCUUCCACACGCGGCCCUGGACGUCGAACACGGUGUUCCUGGUCAGCCUGGUCGUUGCCGACUUUCUCCUGAUCAUCAACCUGCCCCUUCGCGUGGACUACUACUUCCUGCAGGAGCACUGGUGCUUCGGGGCCACCACCUGCAAGCUCAACCUCUUCAUGCUGUCCACCAACCGCUCGGCCAGCGUGGUCUUCCUCACGGCCGGACUCAACCGCUACCUGAAGGUGGUGAGGCCCCACCACGCGCUGAGCCGGGCCUCCGUGUGGGCGGCCGCCAGGGUGGCCGGGGGGCUGUGGGCCGGCAUCCUGCUCCUCAACGGGCAUCUGCUCCUGGCUGCCUAUACCGACCGCUCCUGCCUCAGUUACCGGCUGGGCGUGAAGUCCUCGGCCUCACUUCGCUGGCACCAGGCCCUGUUCGUGCUGGAAUUCUUCCUGCCUCUGGCCCUCAUCCUCUUUGCCAUCGUGAACAUCAGGCUCACCAUCCGGCGCCGCAGCCUGCGGGGGCAGGCGGGCCCGCGGAGAGCCAUGUGCUUGCUGGCCGCGGUGGUGGCCGUCUACACCGUCUGCUUCUUGCCCAGCGUCGUCUUCGGCAUGGCUUCCAUGGUGGCCUUCCGCCUGCAUGCCUGCCACGCCCUCGACCUCUGCACACAGCUCUUCCACAGCUCCCUGGCCAUUACUUACCUCAACAGCGUCCUGGACCCCGUGCUCUACUGCUUCUCGAGCCCCAACUUCCUCCGCCAGGUCCGGGCCCUGCUGGGCCUCAGCCAGGGCCGGCAGGGCCCAGCCAGUGACGAGAGCUCCUACCAGCCCUCCGCCCGGCGCCGGGAGGCCUCUAGGGAGGCGCAGGCUGCGGAGAAGCUGCAGGCCGAGGUCUCGCUGGAGGGCCUGCUCGAGUAAGGAGGCCCCUCCCGGGACUGGGGGUUCACAGGGCCGCAGGAGGAAGGACGGCCGGGCUCUGACCUGGAGGGAAAAGGUUGCCAGCACAGGGAGCCUCAACCAGCGGGACAUCUGCAGGAGCCAGGUGGGUGGCAGGGGAAGGAAAGGGUCUUGACCUUACACAGCAGUGUGUCCCAGAUGACAUCCCCAGAGCACAGGAAAGAGCCCGAUGGCAGGUAGAGACAGGCAGGGGCUGUGACAGCUCCCCUCCAGACAAAGGGCCACCCCGCUGCCCAGUCCAGGGGCCAGAGUGUGAGGACUGAGAGCACGAGUCUUGCUUUGGAGAUUGGACAGCCACAUUUUCCAUCAUCUCUAACUUGUCCCUUUCAACGCUAAUAAACUUCCUUUUGAAAAUGCAAGUUUGAGAGAAAGACAUGUAUCAUAUGAUCUCACUGAUAUGAGGAAUUCUUAAUCUCAGGAAACAAACAAAGGU